UAUUCCCAAACGUUUGUUUGCUAAUGAUUCCCUUAUGUUUUGUGUUGCUAAUGCAAACCAAGCCUUCUUGUUACUUAGCAUUUUGCACAAGUAUCAUAUAUGUUCACAGGGCAACGAAUGGAAUUCAAGUGCACAUAUCAUCUUGAUACUUUGGGGUAUGAUUGGAUACCAAUUGAUUGCUAAUGAUUCCCUUAUGUUUUGUGCUGCUAAUGCAAACCAAGCCUCCUUGUUACUUAGCAUUAUGCACAAGUACCAUAUGUUCACAGGGCAAAGAGUGAAUUUGGAGAAAUCUUCUAUAUUUUUUCUUAAACACUUCCAGGCUGCUUUAGUUAAGUAUUUGUCAAAAUUUAGAUGGAAUUCAAGUGCACAUGUCAUCUUGAUACCUUGGGGUGUGAUUGGAUACCAAUUGGUAGCUAAUUUAACUGAU